UGUAUUGUUUAAACUGCUCAAAACCCGACCGAGCUUCAAGCUCGAUUAAACCUCCAACCAAACUGCGGGUAUGGCGGCCGCCGUGGCUCUCAGCACCACCUCAGGCACGGAUGACAGCGCGGACAGCGGGCCCACCUUUGCCUCUCGACUAUUUAGCUCAAAUAACGACCUCGCUACCGACACGGAGAACUUCAUGGCCGGUGAUGGCCACCGCUAUCCCGAAUUCGCUCCGGGGGAAGAAGACCCCACAUCGGGCCAGGAGAGUCAACGCAGGGUCGAGGAGGACUUGACACCGCUGAGCCCCGAAGAUGUCGAGAGCCGCUUGGAGAGAACUCGCCGGGAGUUUUACAACCGUAGGAAAAUAAUAAUAAAAAAUUUACCCCCGGAUGUCACCAAUCAGGAGGUCCACAAGCUGUUGGGAAGCUAUGAUCUGAAGUACUGCUUUGUUGACAAAUACAAGGGCACAGCAUUCGUGACGCUCCUCAAUGGCGAACAGGCCCAGUGCGCCAUCAAAAAGUUCCACCAGGUCCCGCUGCGGGACCGCGAGAUCUCGGUGCAGCUGCAGCCGACCGACGCCCUGCUGUGCGUGGCCAACCUGCCCCGGGCCUUCACCCAGCAGCAGUUCGAGGAGCUGGUGCGGCCUUUCGGCAACCUGGAGCGCUGCUUCCUGGUCUACAGCACCUCCACGGGCCACUCCAAGGGCUACGGCUUCGUGGAGUACAUGAAGAAGGACUCGGCGGCCAGAGCCAAGUCGGAGCUGCUGGGGAAGCAGCUGGGCUCCCGCAUGCUCUACGUCCACUGGACGGAGAUGGGCUCGCUGACGUACGCGCAGCUGCAGUCGCGGUGCCUGUGCGUGGACCGGCUGCCGCCGAGCCUCCUGACGGCCCAGGAUCUCCAGAAGGCUCUGGUCGACACCCAUGCACCGGUUUUCUGCCAGUUGGCUCAGGGACAGGAUGGAAGUUUCCGGCGUUUCGCCGUGCUGGAGUUCGCCACCGCGGAGAUGGCCGAGGAGACGCAGCGACUCGGAGACGGCAGGCUGCUGGGCGGGACGCACAUCCGGGUGUCCUUCUGUGCCCCCGGCCCUCCUGGAAGAAGCAUGCUGGCUGCCCUGAUCGCUGCACAAACGAUGGCUGUGAACAGAGGCAAAGGUCUCCUCCCUGAUCCGACAGCCAUGCAGAUACUCACAAGUCUUACUAACCCUGCCACCAUAAAGAUGCUGCUCAACACCAUGGCACAGGGACACAAGCAAGGCCUCCUUGGAGCUGCUCCUGUACUGCCGCUGCUGGCCAACCCUGCCCUGUCGUCUGCCCUGCUGCAGCUGCUCCUUCAGAACCAGGCCAAGGCCCAGCAGCAAGCCUUUCUGGGAAAUCAUCUUCUCUGGGCUCAGGCAGGACUCAUCGGGGAGAAUCCUCUGGCCGCUCUGCUCGUCCAGCAGGGAGUCCAUCUGCUCGGAGAUAUCCCUCAAGGGGGUGUAGUCCCAGGGCUGGGUCUGCAGUCAGAUGCCGUGCCCUCCCUGAAGCCGGUGCCACUUGGCAGAGGCCUGGCCAUGGAGCAGGAUUCCCUCACAUCAGCGUGCAGCUUCCCUCAGACGCCUUCUCCCACCCUGCCAGGCAUUUCCUUACCCCUGAUGGGUGGCAUGAUGGGGGCAGAUGGUCUCACAGCGCAAGGGGUGUCCAUGCUGAGCGAUCUUCCUAAAGAGAUGAACCUUCAACAGAGCUCUUUUCUCAAUGUCAACAAUGUUUAUCCUUCAGCAGCAAGCAGCAGACCUCAUCCCUAUAGGAAGAGGCCAACGCUAAGUAACGUGUCCAACCAGCACAUGCACCCCGCCAUGCAGCCGGAUUAUAACCUCCACUACCAGGAUCCCUACAGCCCCGAGUAUCCUUCACCUCUGCAUCAGGAUGCCUUGGCCUACUUGUACGAACAGCAGGAGAACGUCGACGUUGGAGCCUUGGCGGGAUUCGGUCAGCAGCAGUUUCCUCGUCAACCCGACUACGGCGAGCAGUUUUCCCACUACACGUAUGCGAGCGGCGCGCCGCUCUCCUCGUACUUCAGCUCAGGACCAGAAGCUUCCAGUAGCGGCUCCCUCCCUGCCACCCACCUCAACAAGGCUGUGGGAAUGCCUGCUGGAAGCCACGGUGCACACUGCCCUCCAGGCCAGGGGAGCGUCAUGAAGACGCCAGUAUGCAGCCAGAAGCGCGUUUUCUCCCGGCUCAUCCCGUCUCCAGAGCCGAGCCCGAAGGGAGGCUACGUGGGCCAGCACUCCCAAGGCCUCGGCGGCCACUACGCAGACUCCUAUCUGAAGCGGAAGCGUAUUUUCUGAGUAUUUAAAGUUCAGCCAUUUCACAUUUGGAACAAAGCAGCAUCUCCUGCAAAGGAUGCGAAGCCCCCCGUGGUCGACCCUGGACCUGUUUUUACUCCUGUGAAUGACCUCAAGGGGGCGCUGGAGAGUGCAGCCUGUUGUCUGGACAGUGGUAACUCUUUAUGGUGUGUGGAUUUUUUUUAUUUUUAUUUUGUUCUUCUCUGCUCCGUGUAAGUGUUUUUUGUAAAUUUGUUUUAUUUUCUUUUGUUUAACUUGUACAGUGAGAGAAAAAAAAAGGAAUAAGUAGCAACUGUUUUUAUUUUUAUUAUUCCUACAAUAAGUGUGAUGUGCUAGCUACAGAUUGUGCUGCUUCUUGAAUAUUUGGCUGUCGUACUCUCCACACUUUCCAAAGGGACGUGCAAAGUAUUAAAAACAAACUUUAUCUCAGAGGCUUUUUUUUAAGCAGCCUUUAAAUGUAAAAAGUUCAUGUUUUAUUUUUUUUUUAUUUUUUUCCCCUCUUUACCACAACGUUUUUCUGUUUUUUUGUUUUACUGUAAGACUGGUUUCAGGCAGGGUUUUUCUUUUCUUUGCUCAACAUGCAGCUUUCCAUCCAGCAAUGAUAAGUUGUAUGUCGAUGUAAACGGCGCUUUAUGAUUCGGCGAAUGUUUUUUUUUUUUUUUUUUCCCGAAGCUUUACGAUCCUUUUCACGUUGUUCUUGUCUCCAGAGUCCGUUCUGAGCACCGGUUGUCCACUCGGGAGGGCAAAGGUCACUGUCCUAACCUGUUCUCACCUGUGAAAGUUUCAGUUUCUUACACAUCUCUCCACAAAUCUGUUGUUUUUUUUGUUUUUGGGGUAUUUAUUUAUUCUCUGGCUGUAAAAUCAAACCUCAUCACCUUGUUGGUAUAAAUUAGCAGAUGGUGCCGCCUGUAGAUGGAAAAGCAAGUUUUGCGCUCUCGUCAGAGGUUGGAGCACUUCUCUUGAUGAGCAUGAAUUUUGGAGGCAGUCUGUUCCUUUUUUGUCUGGCGACAUGCUUAUAGAAGCUAGUCACUGAUUAGUCGGUAACAUAACUGUCCUCACCCCCCCCCCCCCCCUUCAAGUAAUUUAUGGUUGACAGUUUGAUUGUGAAAACCCCAUUACCUCUGACUUCUGCUAUAAAUGCAGCUAUACUUGAGCCUUAACGUUGUUUUCUGUGGUGAUCAUCCUACUCUGUGUUGGCUUCCAUCUACAUUUUCCAUUUCUGUGUUUGCUGUGUAAAUAGUUGAAGCUUGAUUUUUCUUUUUAGAGUCCUGAAGGUAUUUUCUUUUUUCCUGCCUACCUGUGGCAUUUUUUUUUUCUUUUACAAGGAAUUUUCCAGCUUUGUGUUUUGGUUUUGUGUUCCCGGUAUGUUUGGAAAAAACUGGACAUUUUUUUUUUAAGAAUGGUGCAACGGUCCAUGCUGCGUAUGGACCAAGAGAUGCAGCUGUAUUGUGUGUUCAUUAGCCACUAUCAACGAAUUAACUGCUGUCCUUUCAUCUGUACCACCAUGAGUGUCACUGUAUGUUUGUGUGAUGAGUGCAAGUAAAUGUUGUUUAAAAUCAAU